AUGCCGCCCACGGGUUUUCCCACCGAAGGCUAUGUCUCGCUACGUCGGUAUCCCGAACACAUUCGCGAUGUUUGCGUCGUGGACCAAAGCGAGAAUGCGGACGUGUACAAGCUCAUCAACCACACGGACGAGCUCGUGCAGAAGAUGCAAGACGCUGCCAACCGCCUCCAAGUGAGUCUCGACACCAGUCGCCAAAGGUCCGCCAAGCGCCAGAUGCUAGACGAUGGCUCGUCGCCCAAGCGCCAGUGCGUCGAGUCGUAA